UCUGGGCUAUGAAGAACCACGUUUCAUUCUUCUCGAGAAGGAAGGAUGAGGACGAGGAGAGUGCACCGGAGUAAUCUUGAUUCUACGACAAAAUGAGAUGAAUUGGACCGUACCGAAACGAAUCGAGCCGAAAACAAGCACUGCGUUAGACGAUGACUGGAUGAUUCAAAUGCUUUUAUACCCCUUAAUAACGAGUUCUUCUCUUUUCUUUUCUUUUCUUUUUUUUUAUGUGCGCUACACGAUGCGAUAUAUAUACGACCGUCUAUACUACUACUGUUUAUCCACGAUUGAUGACGAUAUCAUAUUCUUAUCCCAGGCGAUAUUCCAUGAUUAUGUUCCGAUGAUGUGCCGUGUUUGUCAUUUGGGGUCUUAUGAUGGACGAUAAUUUGUGUUUUUAUGUGGGAUUGUGAAAGGCGCUUUUUUGCUGCUGCAUUUACAUGUAUUGUGAUUUGCUUGAUAAUUGAAUUGAAUACCCAAGACAAUAAAU